AGGUUAAUGACGUUCUUGUUUUGGUGUAAAUUUGACUGAUAUAAACAUUUAGGCGCUUUUGUUGUAUUUUAUAAACAAUAAUGGAUAAUAAAGCGGUUUACUUUCCGGAUCAGCAGAAGAUGGAACAAGAGGCUAAUGAGUGUUUUCAAGGAAAAGAAUGGUUGAAGGCGGCUGAAAUGUACAAUAAACUGUUAACAAAGUCACAGAGCAACGACCUCACAAUUGGGUACCUGCAAAGGCGGUCGCAGUGUUUAUUAGAAUUGGGACAGUACGAAGCGGUGCCGAUAAACGAUCUGCUUCCCUCGUGCGUCUACUGCAACGUCAUAUGCCGCGACAAAUCCGAACUAAAAGCGCACUGCCAAACGGAAACACAUCUGACGGUCAUAAUGUCAGACGAGGGGAGAGACUGGCACUGGCGGCCACCUCCCAGAGGUCUAAACGCGGAGAAGUACACGUUGUGCAAAUACUGUGAUAGGAAGGAGAGCUGCCGGUUCGGCGUUCAGUGCGUCGAGGCGCACGGUUUGGAGGAGUUAAGCGAGUGGAAGGAGAGAUAUAAAUACCGCAAGAUGAAGUUACAACGGGCAUACGAAAAGGAACUAUUCGGGAAGUCAUAUACAGAACAACUGCUCGAAAAAUACUUGCAAACCUCAAAUCCCCAACAAAUAAUGGUAGAGAAGCUGGAUUACGUCCAGGACACCUGCUGUGGCAACUUGGUAACGACGGUCUUAUCAAAAUCAAGCGCGAAACAAUGGAACUUUACGCUUAAAACCAAUCGUUCACUGCACGCGAUCGCUCUUCUUCACGACAUGCACAGAAAUUAUUUCACGAUCAGUCAGGUCCUGUUGGUUACGAACCAGACGACGACAAAGCUCGACGUUCAAAAUAACCAAGAAUUCCUAUCCAGCGGUAGCGGCGAUGGUGCUCUCGCGCACUAUCAAGUUACAAUUACGUUUAAGACUGAUAUCUACGGUACAUUCCGACAAUCUGUCACAUUUGACUUUGGCUAUCAGCCGAUUCUGGUGAAGCAUCUCUGCGUCGAUGUCAUUCCGGCCGAGGAGGCGCAAAAAAUGAACGACAUCAGACAGGAGAUUGUGCUGUCGUGUACGGAACGUUGGAACGCGAAUAACGCCGACAUUGUUACUUUCACAUCGCAGAACAUGAUGUACACGCCGGAAAGUUACACGGACGAUUUGUGCAAACUCUAUCCAUGCCCGCACGCCGACACGCUUAACCUGAGUCACGCCACCGUAGUCGACAAGAAGCUAACGAAGAAUAAUUACAAUUCUCGGAUGCACGAGCUACUGUACAUAGAGGAGUUGGCUCGUAACGAGCAAACGAACAAGUACAACCUAUCAGCAAAACUACAUUUGGUUAAAAGCUAUUUGCUGUCGUCGAGUAGCGUGGCGAGCUCCACGGCGAAGUAUUCCAAUUUUGGCGAGCUUUACGCGUUUAUGAAUCUCAGCCAGGAUUUAUCGGAGGAUACGUCCUGCGGACGUCUAAUUUUAAGCAACUGUACGAGUGUCUUAAUAGGUUUAAAUAAGAAAUCGUCAAAGAGAAAGGCGAAAGUUUAUGAGGCCGUCAUCGAGGAUAAGGGCAAGAACGUCAUUUAUCUGCGACUCUCCGCGACAACCGUUGCCGAUUUGGGUCUACAGGCCGAUACGACGCUAAAGGCGCAAGUGCAGUUUCAGCUGAACCGCUUGCCUUACUGCGAGUGGCAUUACGCGAUCGAUAAAAUGGCGGAGCUAAAACUGAUAUUUCCGGAGACGUACAUAGAGCCUCUCAUUCCGUGGUCGCCUCAGAAGCAGUGGUGCGAGAACAUCGACAAUCGACUUAACUUGAAACAGAAAGAGGCGGUCAUCGCCAUUACGACCCCCAUUUCGAUCGCCUUACCUCCGAUUCUGAUCAUCGGACCGUUCGGUACGGGCAAGACGUUUACUUUGGCCCAAGCGAUAAAGCAGCUCAGCAAGAACUCUGACGCGAAGAUUCUGAUAUGCACGCAUUCGAAUAGCGCUGCCGAUUUGUACAUUAAGGAUUAUUUGCAUCCGUACGUAGAGGAUGGACAUAAGGAAGCGACGCCGUUGCGCGUAUACUAUCAGAGACGUUGGGUGGUCACUGUGCAUCCUAUAGUGCAGCAGUAUUGUUUAAUACAAGAAUCGGGUGGAAUCCGCACAUUCCAGCCGCCAACGUACGAAGACCUCGACAAACACAGAAUAAUUGUGGUCACUCUUUCGACGUCCAUGUAUUUAUCAAACAUGGGUCUUCCCCAGGGGUACUUCACUCACAUUCUUCUAGAUGAGGCCGCGCAAACGAUGGAAUGCGAGGCGAUCAUGCCGCUGUCGCUCGCGAAUCAGAACACUCGCAUCGUACUCGCCGGCGAUCACAUGCAGCUCAGUCCCGAGCUCUUCUCCCACUUCGCGAAAGAGCGCAACCUCCACAUUUCGCUACUGGAACGCCUGUACGACCACUACCCCUCCUCGUUCCCGUGUAAAAUACUGCUGUGCGAGAACUAUCGCGCGCACGAGGCGAUAAUCGAAUUUACCUCCGAACUGUUUUACGAUCAGAAACUGAUAGGGAGCGGAAAACAGCCGAGGCAUCAGGUCUUCUACCCGCUAACGUUCUUUACGGCGCGAGGCGAAGACGUCCAGGAUGUCAACUCGACGGCGUUUUACAACAAUUCCGAGGCGUACGAGGUGGUCGAAAGGGUUUCCGAGCUGAAGCGACAGUGGCCGAAGUACUGGGGCGAUUUCGACGAACACUCGAUCGGCAUAAUGACCCCGUACGCCGACCAGGUGUUUCGUAUACGAAGCGAAUUGAGAAAGAGGAGGUUGGGGAGCAUAUCGGUUGAGAGAGUACUGAAUGUGCAAGGGAAGCAGUUUCGUGCCAUUUUCCUGUCGACAGUGCGUACGAGGCGAACGUGCGCGGGCGACACGAAAGACGAAAAUGACUACGGUUUUCUGUCCAACUCGAAACUUUUAAACACUGCCAUCACGCGAGCGCAGAGUCUGGUCGCGGUCGUCGGCGAUCCGAUCGCUUUGUGCUCGAUCGGGCGUUGCAGUAAAAUAUGGGAGCAAUUCAUUCAAAUAUGCGACCAACACAAGAGCUUGCUGGGAAUAACGUGGUCAUUUCUUAAGAAUCAACUCGACGGCCUCGAACUGAAAAAGACGUACGGCUUGAAUCCUCUCGCGCCCGAAUUCGUACCUCGGAAGUUCCAAUCCGAAUCCUACAUAAAACUUCCUCCGACGUCGAAUCCGACGUACCAACCGCCAAUGGUCGGAUAUUCGAUCACUAGGCCGCAGUUUGCCGUACCAUUUUUCGUUUACCAAUCGCCGGCGCCUCCUCACUUGUACAACGAAUAUCACGGCGUCAAUAUAGCCGCACUACCCGAUCUCAAAAAAUCGAGCGAAUGGGGGACCUCAGUUAUGCAAUCCUCGACUGUGUCGGAAUUGCCAGUAACGAAUCGUCGCGAGCCAUUGAUAUUCCAACAGCCCGAACGGGACCUGAUACAAUUCCUCGAUAACGUCCACAUUCCACCCGCGAUAAAGGACAACGACUCCUUGCACGACCUCAUGAACCUUUUACCGGAAAACAUGUCGCUGGCCAACAUGUUAACGCAACCGGCGACAUUUCACAAACAGUGGUUCCAACACUUACUCAACAGGAAAGGCGCCGAGGCGGCGAAAAAGUUCGAGUACCUCAUGCUGAUGGCGACGAAGCGAGAGCGGGCGCACGUUCCCGACAUAACCGUCAGAAACUGUCCUACCAGCAUCGACUGGGAGACGUUAUGCUCGGACAUGUUAAAAAGCAAAAUGGACGUGCACAACAACGGCACCGACUACAUCAACGUCCCGUAUUUGGAACAACAGACGCCCGAUUUGAACUGGUUCGACAAGCCGGUGAAUCAAAUCAAUUUUAACAAACCUGUGUAUUUAAAAGAUCCGGACGGCGUACAGCACAAGCCACACGACGAUCACUCCCCGAACCUGUAUUACACGAAUCUCAGAAACGGAACGGUCAUCGGACUACACAAAACCGAAUCAGUACCUUUAUACUUGCGGCAAUCUUCAUACAAAGGCAAUUGAACGUGGUCUAGCACUACGGCCGGAGAUUAAAAGUGUUACGAAUCGCAGUCGCGAUUUUUUUGUAUUGUGUACAAAAAAUUGUUAGUACGUUCCUGUUAUUAUUAUUAUUAUCAAUUGGUCAUUUGAAAUCGUGAACGUUACUAUAUUACACAUAAUUAUAUACAUAGAUUUUUGUAGAAGUGAAUAGAGAAGAUAAAACUUUUGUUUCAAAGAAAUCAAGUGUGUAGAUUCAAGGAAAGAAGAGAAGGGAAUCUAUAGAUGUUAUCUAGAUUUUAUAAAUCUCAUUGUUUUUCUGUAUCGAUCUUUGUUUUGGAAUUUAAUAAAUUUUUUUUACAAUUA